AUGGAUCGAGGUCAAAAUUCCCGGGGACUCAUGAGUAAAGCCGGUUUCGAUAGGCACAUUGGGCCGGCAGAGGCACCCCAGAUAUCUGAGUACAACUUCAACGUUGAUGUCUCGGAUAACGUCUUAGCCAUAGGUAAAAUCAAAGAUACUAGGUGGCCGAAACCCAUACUAUCAGACCCUUCACAGAGGAAUCCCAACUUGAUGUGUAAGUAUUACGGAACUCAUGGUCAUAGGACCGAGGAUUGCAGGCAGCUCAGGGAGGAUGUAGCCCGUUUGUUCAAUGAAGGGCACCUUCGUGAGUUUCUCAAUGACCGGGCCAAGAACCAUUUUCGAGAAAGAGAUACAAACAGGAAAAAUGAACCAGAAGAACCGCAGCACAUCAUCCACAUGAUCGUUGGAGGGGUUGACGCCCCACAGGAACCCGUUUUCAAACGGACAAAGAUAUUCAUCACCAGGGAAAGGCGAACUCGGAGUUACAUUAAAAGUGUGCUCGUGGAUCCGGGUAGCUCGGCCACCAUAAUCAGGUCGAAAGUGGUGGAGCAGCUCGGACUGCUCGACCAGAUUGUACCCGCCUCUCGAUUCCUCAAUGGAUUAAACAUGGAGAGCAAGACAACAAAAGGGGAAAUCAUCCUCCCGCACCCGCAGGCAUCACCGUAUACUCCCAAGUUAGCAGAAGUUGGAUACACCGAAAAUUGGAGAUCUGGUAACUGA